GCUCCCUCUCUCUUUUCCUCUCAGUCUGCCUGAGCUGUGGACAGGGCUGGAAGUGUGUGUCUGGGUGUGUAAGAGAGAGAGAGAGAGAGAGAGAGAGUGUGUGUGAUUGUGUGCAGAGUGUAGGGGGGGGAGAGAAAGAGAGAGAGAGAAAGAAAGAGAGAGAAAGAGAGAGGCUGUAGAGAAGAAGAGUGGAGUCGUAGCAUUGCGGGAUCCCUGCGAAAAAAAGUCUCAGGACUCUCAGCUCAUUUUCCACUCAGUACCUGCAGAUGCUGUAGAGACACAGAGCAAGGAGGGAGAGGAGGAAUACACCUGAGCACCUGAGCAACUGAACACCUGAGCAACUCGACCUGAACACCUCAUAAACCCAACCCAGGAAACACCUCCAUGGAGCCAUGUGAGCCCCAACCCAUGCCUGCCCUGCUGGGGAUCUGACUGGGAUUGGCUACUUUGGAGAAGCUCGCAGCUCAGGGUCUCUGUGGUCGAGGAAGGACUGCAGAAACCUGCGCUUCACCCCAGAGGGAGGUGCUCUUUCCUGGCCACUCUGGGCUGUGAGCCCCUCCUGGGCUGGAGAGCAGCGCUCCAGCACCAUGGAUUACCUGAUAGGGAUAGUACUGCUGCUGUGUGGGGCGACACUGCCCGAGAGAGUGACCCCGCAGCAGGGCAAGAGGAACGUGCCCCGGCUCAGGCUGUCCUACACGGAGAUGCUGGACUCCAGUAAUUUGGUGACGUUCAUCGGACUGGCGAACAGCUCGGGUUAUGAUACGUUCCUAAUGGAUGAGGAGAGAGGGAGGUUACUAGUGGGAGCAGAGGACCAUGUGUUCUCUUUUGACCUAGUCAACAUUAACAGAGACGUCAAACAGAUUGCCUGGCCCGCUACACCUUCGAAACGGGACGAGUGCAAGUGGGCAGGAAAAGACCUCGGGAAAGAAUGUUCCAACUUUGUGCGGGUGCUGCAGCCGUACAACCAGACGCACCUAUUCGUCUGCGGCACUGGAGCCUUCCACCCCAUCUGUGCCUACCUGGAGAUUGGCAAAAGAGCAGAGGACAACGUUUUCAGGCUAGACACCCAUUUCGAGAACGGUCGUGGGAAAAGCCCCUAUGACCCGAAGAUGCUGUCCUCCUCUCUGCUGAUUGAUGGGGAACUUUACUCUGGAACUUCGGCAGACUUCAUGGGGCGUGACUUUGCCAUCUUCAGAACUCUCGGAGCUCAGCACCCAAUCAGGACGGAGCAGCACGAUUCCAGAUGGUUGAAUGACCCCAGGUUCGUUGGCAUUUACCUCAUCCCCGAGAGCGAUAACCCAGAAGACGACAAGAUCUUCCUGUUCUUCAAAGAGAACGCCAUGGAUGGAGAACACACAGGCAAAGCCACCAUCUCCAGAAUAGCACAACUGUGUAAGAAUGACCAGGGAGGACACAGGAGUCUGGUGAAUAAAUGGACAACAUUUCUAAAGGCGAAGCUGACCUGUUCAGUUCCGGGCCUCAAUGGAAUAGACACUCAUUUUGAUGAACUCCAGGAUGUGUUCAUAAUGACUGCCAAAGACCCCAAGAACCCAGUGAUCUACGCUGUCUUCACUACCUCCAGUAAUAUCUUUCGCGGAUCAGCGAUCUGCAUGUACAGCAUGGCCGACAUCAGGAGGGUGUUUCUGGGUCCCUACGCCCACAGAGAUGGGCCCAACUACCAGUGGGUUCCGUUCCAAGGCAGGGUGCCGUAUCCUCGGCCUGGCACGUGUCCCAGUAAGACCUUCGGUGGCUUCGACUCAACCAAAGACCUCCCAGACGAUGUGAUCACGUUUGCACGUCUGCACCCAGCCAUGUAUAACCCUGUACAACCGGUAGGCGGUCGCCCCAUUGUGGUGCGAACAGACGCCGAGUACCAGUUCACCCAACUGGUAGUGGACCGAGUGGAGGCUGAGGAUGGGCAGUAUGAUGUCAUGUUCAUUGGCACAGAUAUGGGCACAGUGUUGAAGGUGGUGACCAUCCCCAGAGAGAGCUGGCAUGACCUGGAGGAGGUGGUGCUGGAGGAGAUGACCGUCUUCAGGGAGCCGACCCCCAUCACUGCCAUGGAGCUCUCCACUAAACAACAACAACUGUACCUGGGUUCUGCUGUGGGAAUAUCGCAGAUGCCUCUGCAUCGCUGCGAGGUGUACGGAAAAGCCUGCGCUGAAUGCUGUCUUGCCAGAGAUCCGUACUGCGCCUGGGAUGGAACAGAGUGCUCCAGAUACUUCCCCACGGCCAAGAGGAGAACAAGGAGACAAGACAUAAGAAAUGGAGAUCCUCUCUCCCAGUGCUCUGAUCUGCAACAUAAUGAUGAUCUGGAGGGCUUCAGCAGUGUGGAGGAGAGAAGUGUGUAUGGAGUGGAGAACAGCAGCAUGUUUCUGGAGUGUAGCUCAAAGUCUCAGAGAGCCCUCAUCUACUGGCAGAUCCAGAGGCCCAACAAUGACCAUAAAGAUGAGAUAAAGCUGGAUGAUAGAGUGGGUCACACAGAGCGAGGUCUACUGAUCCGCAGCCUGACGCAGUCUGACACCGGUGUGUACCACUGCCACGCAGUAGAGCAUGGCUUCAUCCAGCCGCUGCUGCGCCUCACCCUGCAGGUCAUCCCGUCUCAACGAGUGGGAGAGCUGCUACUGCGCACAGGCGCCGUCGACCGUGAGCCCGUCCCCAAACAUAAAGUGUGGUACCGCGAUUUCCUGAGCCUCCUGGAGCAUCCGGAUCUGCACAGCGUGGACGAGUUCUGCGAGCAAGUCUGGAGAAAGGAACGCAAGCAGCGUGGCAAAAAAGCCCCAAAAGCUGGACCAGGGUUCAAACAGGCUCAGAAAUCUGCCCAGCCCACCAGCCAGGGGUUGCAGAGUUCAAGCCAGAAUCAAAACGACCAGAGAGCGUCGAGCGGCCCUAAAGCGACUAACGGUCCCGGUGGCCCAUUUCUGCCCAAGACAGCUGGAACACAGAGGAGCCAAAUCCUGCAGAGUACCACAAGCACAGACAACCAGAGCCCCAGGCCGAGUCCGGUCAGCCCCAAGGUCCAGAGCACUCAAGUAACCCAGAGUCAGGGGAAGAGAGGCGGACCACCAGCCCGAAGAACGCCUCCCAACACUGCCAAGUGGAAACAACUCCAGGAGAACAAGAGGGGACGCAACCGCCGCACCCACGAGCAACAGAGACCACCUCGCAGUGUGUGAAGCUACAGGUGCCCAAACGAACUAGCUAACAUCAGACCCAUCCAUUUGCAAUCCUAAACAAGCAGACAUCAGCUCAGUUCACUCAGAACAGCCUUCAUAUACAUGUGUACAUGUUGCAAACAUUCACACAAAAGCACAAAAACUGAACAGAUAAAAACAGAAAUAAAAAACUUAAAAGAGCAGACCUAGAAGAUAUGGACUAGUUUUGAACUUUAUGUCACUGGUUUACCAGAAAAAAGCACAAUUACAGUAACGUAACAUCAAGAACACCUCACAGCUCACAGAGUGUACACAAUGACUGAUACACUCGCCUUUCUGCCAACACAUAACACAUUCUGAUGCUAAAGGGCAUGACAGUGUGGUAACCCAUAGGAUUGGACACUUUCACCUUGGAGUAAGCGAAGUGGGAUCACCAUUUCCAGACUACUGGGACAAGGUUAAAAACCUUCCAUGGAAUUCAUAGACUCCUUCUUCUUCUUGGAGAACUGUGCCAUUCAGUCAUUGCCAUGCCAUGGUUCAAAAUCAGACAUCACCCUCUUAAGUGGACUGGUUUCCAGCCUGAAAGAUAAAGGAAAAAGAUAACAAAUGAUGAAAACUGGAGUCUGGUCACUCUGAUUCAUAUGAACUGUAUUAUAGGAGUAUUAUAGUGGUCACUGUAUGGAAAAUAACUGCAAAACCAUGAACACCAUGGAUUCAUCUUAAAAAAAAACAUUAGCCUAAUGAAUUGCUGUAUAUUCAUUAUUAACAAGUGACCCAAAUGGACUAAGACACUGAAACAGGAGGAGAAUGCUCUCCAGAGGACAUAGAUCAAAUAUGUUGUGCAUGUCGUUUAAUUGAAUAGGCUACAUAAGCUUUCUCCAGUCAGUCACAUAGCUAAACUAUUCUAAAUGAGAUUCUAUCGAGGUUUAAAAAUCACAGGGGUUCUUUAUAACAGAUCUGACAAAUCAAUUCUGAUUUUAUUGCAAAUAACGAUGGAAUAAAAAUGAACAUGUCUCGUGCCAACUGCUGCAUCUUCUGAAACAAUGAAAAGGUGCUGUGUUCAGAUAUUGCCAUACCUUGACUGUUUUUAUUUUAACUUAUUUUUAUGCUCUUUUUUGCCUCAUACAAAUGUGCUCUUACAGUCUAUGUUGUAGGUUAGGCUGAAAUAUAGAGUGUAAAUAUAUACAGCCAGACACCACUUGACUAUUUAUUGCUGAUUUUCUUUAAAGGGUUACAGUUAUUUUUGAUAUUAUGAUAUUAUGGUGUUUUGAGGUCAUAUGUAAAACAAAAGUGACUGAAUGUGGUGAUGCACAUAGAUGGACCAAUAUUUUUUUUUUUCCUUUUAUUUUUAGUUUUUAACAUUUUACAUAGAGUUGAGCGUUGCAGCUCAAACUACACACUAUAAGUUGAAUCCUGAAAUGUCUCCCCCAUUUUUGCCCAGCUGGCACCAGAUGAUAUUUUGACAUUUGGAGAAUUUGGGAAUUUAGCUGAAAAUAAAAAACAGGUUAAUGUAAAAAAAAAAAAAAC